AUGGUGCUUGAAAUGAUGGUGCUUGAGGUGAUAGUGCUUGAGGCAAUGGUGCUUGAGGUGAUAGUGUUUGAGAUGAUGGUACUUGAAAUGAUGAUGCUUGAGGUAAUGAUGCUUGAGAUGAUGAUACUUGAGGUGAUGAUACUUAAGAUGAUGAUACUUGAGGCAAUAAUGCUUAAGCCAAUAAUGCUUAAGAUGAUGUUAUGUAAUGUGAUAAUGUUUGAGAUAAUAUUGCUUAAGAUGAUAUUACUUGAGAUGAUAGUGCUUGAGUAUUAUGAUUCUGAAUCUUAUCCUAAUGCAUAA